AUGCUGGAGCUUGUUCCUGUCCAGGCUAGUGCUGUUGCUGCUGCUGGGGAAGGUGCUGGAGGUGGUGCUUGUUCUUGUGCUGGACCCGUUGCUUUAGCUGGUGCUGGUGCUGGUGCUGGUGCUGGUGCCUGUGCCGUUGCUUUUGCUGAUGCUGGCGCUUGUGCCUUUCUGAAAAGGCUUGUGCUGGUGCUCGGCGCUUGUGCUGCUGGUGCUGGUGCUAGUGCUGGUGCCUGUGCCGUUGGUCUUGAUGAUGCUGGCGUUUUUGCCUGUCCUAAUGCCUCUACUAGUGCUGAAGCUGGUGCUGGUUUUGCUGCUGGUGCUGGUGCAUCUGCUGUUGCUGGUGCUGAUACUGUUGCUUCUGCUUGUGCCUGGGCUGGUGGCGGCUCUUGUACUGGUGCCUGUACUAGUACUGGAGCUAGUGCUGUUGCUGGUUCUGGUUCUGGUGCUGGUGCUGGUGCUUGUGCUGGUGUUGGUGGUGCUGGUGCCUGUACCGUUGCUUGUGAUUGUGCUGGUGUUUGUGCUGGUGCCUGUACCGUUGCUUGUGCUUGUGCAGAUGUUUGUGCUGGUGCUGGUGCCUGUGCUGGUGGUGAUGUUGAUGCUGGUGCUGGUGCUUGUGCUGGUGCUGGUGUUGGUGCUGUUGCUAGUGCUGAUGCUAAUACUUGUGCUUCACCCAGUUCUUGUGCUGGUGCUGGUGCUGGUGCUUCUGCUGGUGGUUGUGCUGGUGCUGGUGGUGGUGCUGGUGUUGGUGGUGGUGCUGAUGAUUAUGUUGGACCCGGUGCUUGGGCUGGUGAUGGUGCUGGUGCUGAUGUUGGUGCUGGUGCUUAUACUGGUGCCUGGGCCGGUACUGGCACUUGUGCUUGUUCCUGUAUUAGUGCUGGACCCUGGGCCGGUGCUUGUAGUGGUGCUGGUGAUGGUGUUGGAGCUCGUGGUAGUGCUGGUGCUUGCUCUUGA